AUGCGGGAUGAUGACAUCACCACUACGGUGAGCUGUCCAGUUCGGCGCGUCGGAGCACUUAUUGGCAAAGCAGGAGCCACGAUCAUUCAGCUUCGCAAGGAGACAGGCGCAUCGAUCGAAGUGGAGCGGUCAGAUGGGAAGGAGCCACGAGAGGUCACGAUCUCAGGCUCUGAUUCUGCAGUCAAAGAUGCUGUGCAGCGCUUCUUCAUCAACUCGAACGGUGCACUCGGCUUCAAUGUCGUGAUUUGA